AUGGCACUCCGGGCUAAUCGCACGCCUGAAACAGACGAAAUGAUACUGGACCCGGUGGCGGAGCAGCCGAGCGAGCCGGCGCGGCCGCACCGCCGGCAGCAGAAGGGCAGGCCGGCCGAGCGGCCGCUCCAGCCCGUCCAGGUGGUCCGAGAGCUGGCCAAGAGGCUCGGCGUGCCUGCGCUGCACAGGAGGCUCGAAGGGGUUCGUCUGAGCGGCGGACGAGUCGAGGUGCCGCGCGCCCAUGACGCCUCCCCCUCGCCGCUGAACUUGGACCCGUCCGGUCUGCCGGCGCUUAGUGACGUCACCAUCACCAGUUCGGAUGGCGUGGCGCUGGCCUGCCACAAGUGCGUGCUAGCUGCCCGGCUCCAGUACUUCAGCGUGAUGUUCAGCAGCUGCUGGGCCGAGAGCGUGGCCAGCGAGGCGGUGCGGCUGUCGAUGCCGGCGGCCGUGCUGACGGUGCUGGUGGCCUUCUGCUACACGGGCGAGGCGCGCCUGCAGCCAGAUGACCCGGAGCCGCUGCAGACGGACGACCUCGAGCUGCUGUGUGGCCUGCUGGCCGCCGCCGACCACAUGCUGGCCACCCGGCUCAAGGAGAUGUGCGAGGUGGCGCUCUCCAGGCAGCUGACGCUGAAGAACGCCGUCGAGCUGAUGGAGUUCAGCGCCAUGUACGGCGCUGAGCAGCUCAAGUCCACCUGCAUGCAGUUCAUCUGCCUGAACCUGGCCGCCGUCAUGGAGAACAGGAGCCUGGACCAGGCGUCGGAAGCCGUCAUGGACGAACUGACGCGCUUCUACCGGUGUGUCAACCCGCUAAUGCGACACCGGCUGGUGCGGCCGUCCGGCGAGCCGCCCACGCUCGAGCACGUCCGCGCGGUGCACGAGGCGUACCCCGUCGGCAGUGACGAGCCGGCGCCGGCGCCCACCGAACCGGAGGUGAGGAGCCGGCCGCCGCCGCGCCGCCGACCUGCCGCCGGCCGCUCAACCUCCACGUCCCCGGUGCCCGAGUUCACGCUGGUCACUCGCAAGCGUCACUCGGAGCGCCCGGCGGUGGCUCCGCCCCCUGCGUCAACCGCCACUCUGGAACGCUACAUCCCUGGCAUCACGCCCAAGCCCCGCCCCAUCCGCGCCGUGCGACCAGUCAGCCCGUCGGAUGAGGAGCCGACCCCUCCCGCACACGUCACAUCCGGCCAAUCGACGAGCGCAGGCGGCAUGACGUCACCCAUCGAAGCGUUCCCCAGCCUGGGCUCUGCGUUCCCGGCCCUGAAUGGCGAGGCCAUCGGAUCGGCUGCUGGAGCUGCUGGGCUGUCUCCGACCUCGUGA